AUGGUCUUAGGCUUUCUGCUCGCUUUGCUGCCCCUCCGGCUGGCAGAGCGCACUCGCUACAUUGAGAAGGAGACCCUGGAGUUCCCUGAGACUUGUGACGGCAUCCUGGACCUCGAUGGAGUCUACGAAGUGCCGAAGAAAACACGAAUCCACGUCGCGCGGAGCUGCACGCUGCGGGCAAGCAGUCAGGCGGUGAUUGAGUUGACCGAAAAUGCUAGCUUGCUCUUCGUCAAUCCGGAUCCUAGAAAUGCUGCGGAUGUUACCCUGGAAGGCAAUCUGCAGUUCACGGUGGCAGCACAUGCAGCACUUCGUGAUCCUUGCUUAAAAUUCGUCGGUAACGUGACCAUUGCCACAGACCAGCUCGCGAUAGCCAGGUGCAGUGGCAAAGGAUCCAUUUACGUUACGCAAGACCUGCAGAUUCGUGGCAACGUGCAGAUCGUUGACUCUUACAGCAGUGAUGAGGGCGGUGCCGUGCAUGUGAAGGGAUCGGUGGAGCAACACAGUGGUUCGCUCAUCGUUACGAACUGCAGCUCGGGAAAGCCAGGGGGUGCCAUCUACGUCAAGGAAAGCUACGGUCAGCUGGGGGGGUCGCUUUUGAUCGUUGACUCGUACACCUCAUACGAAGGUGGCGCGAUGUAUGUGCACAAAUCCGUGGAGCAACACAGUGGCUCGCUGGCCUUUGUAAACUGCAGCUCGGGAGAGUCAGGGGGUGCCAUCUAUGUCAAGGAAAGCUACGUGCAGCUGGGGGGUUCGCUUUCGAUCGUCGACUCGUACAGCUCAGACGCUGGUGGCGCGAUGUAUGUGGGCAAAUCCGUGGAGCGACACAGUGGCUCGCUGACCUUUGCAAACUGCAGCUCGAAAAACUCAGGGGGUGCCGUUUAUGUCGAGAAAAACUACACGCAGCUGGCUGGUUCAGUCUCCUUUGUAAAUUGCAGUUCCGUCGACAAUGACACCGCGGCCGUGGCCUUUGGAGAAUUGACAAAGGAACUAGCGUUGAGAAAGGAAGAUGAGUAUAAAUAUGGCGGCGGCGGAUUGUUCGUUGGCGGGACUCUGUUGCAGAAGGCCGGCUUGAUGAGGUUCGAAGACUGUAGCACCAAGUUCCAUGGUGGGGGGCUACUGGCAGCGAAACCCAGUAAACCGUUCUGGGCGGGAAUAUGGCGUCGAUUGAAGAACUCGAAGAACGAGACAGCAAAUUCGUUCUUGGUGCGCAACCAGGCCUUUGAACCAUCGCCCAUCAGAUUGCUGCAGUCUGGCAGGGCGGCUAUGUACUUCCGUAACUGCUCGGCUGCUGGCCGUGGCGGCGGUGCAGCCGUCGCCGGGCGCGCAAAGCUUCAAGGCUCGAUGCUUUUCGAGAAAUGCUCUACAGAAGUCUCUCACGGUGGCGCCUUGCAUGUGAAUGAUGACUUCGAGCUCUCGGGCAAUCUCACUGCAACGUCCUGCCACUCUGGCGACGACGGGGGUGGGCUCCAUGCAAGGAAAGGACUUCGUCAAAUUGCUGGCUCGAUGAGGUUUCAGGACUGCUCUUGCCAAAAGAAGGGUGGUGGCAUCAAGAUCGACAAAAGAGGCUUAAAGAUGACUGGAGGCCAAAGAAGCUUUGACAACUGUUCGUCUGAAAUGAGCGGUGGUGGCAUCUAUGUGCACUACGAAGGAGUGCAGUUGAAGGGCAACAUGUCGUUCAGGCAGUGUCGUGCAAAACGAGAAGGUGGGGCUGUCUUUGUGCAGUACCGGGGAUUCAACGAGAGCUCAGCCUCAGAGACGUCGAGUCGUCUUUCUUUCGUGAACUGCACGGCUGGGAGUCGCUCUGGUGCUCUCCAAGUGGGCGGGAACUCUAGCUUCUCCAGCCCCGUCUACUUGUCCCAUUGCCGGGACUCAUCCUCAACUCCCUUUUCCGUUGCUGGCGCACUAACGCUUGGGCGCGUGGACAUCGUGGAAACCGGAGCCCAGGCAGUCACGGUAUCAGCUGACACGUUGAUCGUCAAGGAAGCGAACUGUACCGGUGCUGGUCAGUGCCAGUUCAGCUCGGUGAAGCCCCAGGUUCCCAUCUUGAGUUGCAAACUGGGCCGAGGGCGGAGAGAAGAUCGUGCCGAAGGUGCACUUGUCAGUGGUGAAGUUGGUUGCAAAACCUGCGGCGCAGGGAGGAUCCAGAUCGACACUUUCAACAAGACUCUGCCGAAUGCUGCCUGUGUGAAAUGCCCGGGUGGAGCCCGGUUGUGCAAAUCCGACAAGGUGGUGAUGCAAAGAGGCUACAUGGUUUCGCAGAGCAACCUGAGCCGGCACUACCAUUGUCCGAAUAAGUUUGCCUGCCCCGGUGGAGACUUGCCGGAGGCUGAGACAAAGAUGUGCGCCGAGGGCUACUAUGGCUUGGGCUGCACGAACUGCCUGGACAGCCACGGGCCUGUCGACAACACUGUGCUGUCAUGCACGCUUUGCCCCACCACCAGGUCCACCUGGGCUUGGCAAGUGUUCUUCUGCAUUGUAAAAGAUGUUGUGAUCUUUGUGCUGGCUAUCUCGGGUGUCAUGCAGGCUAGCGAGGAGGGGAAGCCUUCCACGGUGCUUUUAAACCAGCUGAUGUCUUUCUCGACAGUUGCAGGCACAGCACUUUCUGCUGUCAAGCAGACCAACAGCUUCGGGAAGCUAAGCACCCGCCUUCAGAGCAUGCUCGUAAGCUCCGGCAUGAUGGUGGACGUGGUGCAAGGGGGCCAGAGCAGUGGACUCUCCACUGUUUGCCUCGCAGAGUUUAUGGGCCUGCCAAAGACGCUCUGGAUGGCUCAUAUCCUCCGCUCCGCCACUCCGGCGCUGCUGAUUCUAGUACUGAGCAUCUACAAGGACCCUUGGCUCGCACUGGUAGUGGGCGCGAACUGCUUCUUGCCCGAGUUUUGUGCUGGCUUCGGCAAGUAUUUGGUCUGCUACCGGAUCGAGAAGGAGAAAAGAGGAGGAGAACUGACGUGCGCCUUCUUGCCCGACAUUCCUGCUGCAACGGCGACAAUCACAGGCAUGAUCGUGCUUUGCUUCCUCCUGGCAAUUUUCGGCUGGACGAAGGCAGCUUCGUCUAGGACUUCCCCCAAGCCGGCCCACGUCGUCUAUUUGACGAAUGCCUACAAGGACAAAUUUGCAGCUUGGGAAGUGGAGCGAUUGGUUCGAAAGAUGCUGCUUACUUUGGUGGGUGCCGUGCUGCCGAUCACCCUGUCACCUGCUCUUCAGUUGGGCUGCCUCAGCGUGAUUCUUGUCGUCUCCUUGGUGGCAUACGUGAUCCUGCUCCCCUACAAAGAGAACGCCUUUAACCUGAUCGAAGCAGCAUUGCUCGCUGAUGCCCUGGUGAUUGCAGGGCUCUCCAACUCACUUCUGGCUAAUGAUUCGAGCUGGGCGAAAACGGAGGCCACAAACCUCUUUCUGCUUUUCCUCACGGCCUUCCUCGCUGUAGCUGGAGCCGGCCUGAUGCUGCUUCUGCUGAUCCGGGCCUAUCUGCGGGAGCGAAGGAUGAAGCCCAAAAGGGCCGCCAAGUAA